ACUAUCAAUGUUUUGACACCUCUGCUCUUCCUGCUAUUUCGCACUCAGCUUUUCACAAAAAUUAAACAAAUUAACACUAAACAUUUGGGAUUUACCUGAAAUCCGCAGACACAGCAGAAAGCGACGGAAGCAGUCGCCCAAGAGUGCACCUGGAUACCUGAAACACUACCUACACCGCCCGCAGUAGAGGCUAAAACGUAGACAUGUCUGCGCCGGUCAUUGUCGAGGCCACGGUCAAGCAGACCGCCACGCUGAUUUUCAUGCAUGGCCUGGGUGAUACGGGUCAUGGCUGGAGCAGCGCUCUGGCUGCCAUCCGGCCACCCUUUAUGAAGGUCAUCUGCCCCACGGCGCCCACACAGCCCGUUUCCCUGAACGCCGGCUUUCGGAUGCCUUCCUGGUUCGACUUGAAGACCCUCGACAUCGGUGGACCGGAGGAUGAGCCUGGAAUUCAGUCUGCUCGCGACAAUGUCCACGGAUUGAUACAGAAGGAGGUGGCGGCUGGUAUACCAGCGAAUAGGAUUGUCUUGGGCGGAUUCUCGCAGGGCGGAGCUCUGGCGUUGUACUCGGCCUUGACGUACGACCAGCCGCUGGCCGGCGUGGUGGCUUUGUCCUGCUGGCUGCCGCUGCACAAGCAGUUUCCCGGUGCCAAGGUGAACAGCGAGGAUGUGCCGAUAUUCCAGGCGCACGGCGACUACGAUCCCGUGGUCCCAUACAAGUUUGGCCAGCUGAGCGCCAGCAUGCUCAAGUCGUUCAUGAAGAAUGUGACGUUCAAGACGUACAAUGGACUUUCGCACUCCUCAUCGGACGAUGAGAUGGAUGACGUCAAGAACUUCAUUACGCUCUGUCUGCUCUUUUCGAUUACAGGACAUAAUCAGUAAAUGGGUAAACUAAUUUCCAUAGCACUCUUUAGAACGUACGAAAGCCCCCGAACCCGUAUCCGACCCCAAAACCCGCACCCGUUGCAUUCCAACGAUCACGAAAAAUGGAGCAGCCGAACAUAAUUAAAGCGUGCAUAUUCAAUGAAAACUAAAAUCAAAGCGCAGUAAGCGAAGAGAGGCACUGGCCGCCAGUGGCCACUUGGGAAUCAUGCAAGUUAUAAUGCUCUCUCGUAGCCCAAUUAUGGAAACUAUCACUGAAAAUCAAUUCGAAAAGCAAUCAAUUAUACACACACGUAGCUAUUUACUUAAUGAAAUGCCAAAAAAUACAAAAAACAAAACAAAACUAAAGCAAUUUGCGAGUAAAAUUCGCGAAAACCCAAUUUGAUAUUUCGCUGUUCGCUGCUUAAUUAUUUCGGUUUUACUUAUUUGGGACUUGUUCGUAUUUUAAUUGAAAAUUAAUAAAGUUAUAUAAUCCAAACAAAAUGAAAUAAACAAAACUAAAAAUUCAAA